AUGACUAGUUAUCAACAACGAGCAUGUCGAUAUCCCAAUCUACUUGUUACAGUGAAACAAGAAACAGAUGAAAGAUCAGUGAGUGAAAUUCACUCAAAACCACACACAACUCGUUCAAAAAAGAAUUAUAAUUCUAAAUUUUUCUAUCCAACAACAACUUAUUAUAAUAGAAAUGUUCGAUGUCAACAACAACAACAACAACAUAAUAGAUAUCCAUCCUCAUAUUGUGUCAAUCAACCUCACUCACAAAAUAAUACUCGUUUCUAUUAUCGAAAUCACCACCAACAACAGCCGCCAAUGCGUUCAUUAAUGGAAUUAACAGAUAAUAAAACUUCUUUAUAUCAUGAUGGCAAUGACAAUUCUAUGACUUUUUCGAAUGUAACGCCACGAGAACCGAAACAACGCGGCCAAUAUCGUAAUAGAAAAGCAGAAUUAGAUUGGGAUCAUGCAUUCGAUCUAGAUCAAAUUGAUUUAUAUACAACACAAUACGAUAUUGAUAAUCAUUCACUAAACAGUAUUCAUAGCUCAGGUGAUAGUUUGUUGUUAUCCGUUUGA